GCACCGGCCGGCGUCGCCCGCUGUAUCUAUAAUUUAUGUGCGAAGUGAGUUAUCAAUCCUUCGCGGGACAAUCGCGCUUUCGGUUCACUUCCUUACGUCGCAAUUCGUGGUUGGACUUGUGACGCAGCAGGCGACUCGCUCGCGCUACGAUUCCCCCUCGCCGUUCCGUCUCGCACGCGGGAUUUUUCCGAUUGAAAGUGAUGUUGUGCGUGUCCGAGGUGUCGUACAGAGUCUCGUACGAUUGUCUGGAGGCAUUCAUCCGUCGGGUAUUCGCGUGUGAUUGAGAGUGCGUUACAAUUUUCGAUCGAAAUCUACGACGUUCUAAAAGCUUCUAUGAGGUUCGGCGAGCGAUCCGGCACGACGUGAAGUUGCUCCGCGUUAGAUUUCAGUUUACUUCAGACUCUACGAUGCCGCGCGACGCGAUAGAGACGUCGGGAAUGUGUGUCGCGUUGUUCUCUCGUCCAAAAUGUACGGUGCGUACGCGAUUGUCCGUCGGGAGUGCCGUGCAGGUUGCCGUCGGAUGUUGGUUGCGCCGAUUAAUCGCGCGAAAUGAUAAUUAGCAAACCUAAUAGAAGAGGAUUGGGUGACGUUGUAGGUUCGGUCGCACUACUUAUCCCCCCCCCCCCUUCCUUCCGUCUUUCGCCGACCGUCUUGUACGCGGAAUUUUCCGAUUGAAGGUGAUGUAUGUAUUCGAGGUGUCGUACCGAGCCUCGUCUCCAAACAUUCAUCCGUCGGGUAUUCGCGUGUGAUUGAAAGUGCGUUACAAUUUUUGAUCGAAAUCUACGACGUUCUAAAAGCUUCUAUGAGGUUCGGCGAGUGAACCGACGCGACGUGAACUUGCUCCGCGUUAGAUUUCAGUUUGCUUCAGAUUCUACGGUGCCGUGCGACGCGAUAGAGACGUCGGGAAUGUGUGUCGCGUUGUUCUCUCGUUCGAAAUGUACGGUGCGUACGCGAUUGUCCGUCGGCAGUGCCGUGCAGAGUGCCGUCGGCUGUUGGUUGCGCCGAUUAAUCGCCCGAAAUGAUAAUUAGCAAUCUAACCUAAUAUAUUAGUGUUAGUUGACAGACCGGUCGCGCCCCCUGCCCUCCUCUCCUCCCUCGCUUUUCUGUCUCAUACGCGGGAUUUUUCCGAUCAGAGAUGGCGUUGUACGUAUCCGGAGGUGUCGUGCCGAGCCGAACCUCAUACGAUCGUCUCGAGGCAGUCGUGGCACUUAUUCGUCGGGUAUUCGCGUGUGAUUGAAAGUGCGCUGGAAUUUUUCGAUCGAGAUCGAUGACGUUCUACACAUUUCUAGAAGUUCGGCGAGUAAUCCGACGCGAUGUGAAGCUGCUCCGCGUAAGACGGGCGUAAGAUUCGCGCAAGUGAAUGUGAAUAUUGAAACAGCGACCGACAAGAUAACGAUGGGCCUCCAGGUAUCUUUCGUCUAAUGCAGUGGCCUCUCCCGCCCGGCGAACUUUAUGAAAACUCCGAUAGUCGACAUCGAGGCGGUGCCAAGGUCACGAGGGAGGAGCUGAGGUCAUCGCGGUAUCUAUGUUGUGCGGCGAACUCCUGAACGGUGGCUUCGUCAGUGCCGGAGCAGUACCGGUGGUUCCGUACAGCCUCCCAGGACUCUGGUUACCCGGUUGCCUGCGUGCUACCAGUCCGCGCCUAUUAACCUCUCCCUACCUGACCCUGCUGGCCGAGCUGCUGGCCGCGGGCCGCCUCCAGCUGCGAGACGAUCUCCUGGAGCUGAUGGACCUGGCAAAGAGGAGCCACCAGGCUCCCGGCAACAACGGAGCGUCCGAACUCGAUCUUGACCUCCAUGCCGACGACAUUGACGAGAUCUUCUUGGAAAACGGCCUUCUCUCCUUCGAAAAUCCCAACUACCAUCUAGAUCCAGCUCGGUUGGACGAUGCUCUGAACAGCAAUGAAAACGGCAGUUCUCUGUACGAUGAAUUGUAUCAGGAAUUGGUCGGCGGCGGUGGCAGAAGCGGCGAGGUGACCGGCGGCGGGGGAGGAGGUGGUGGAACGAGGGUGCAAGCACGCAGAACCUACGCCACAUUGGAUCUGGGCAGCAUGGGGGUGGACGUCACCCAGGGCCCCCUUACGCAGGAUUCCGUGACGGACGACGCCCCCGACAACACGGACAACCAUAACCUAGGUUAUUGCGAGAAACCCGACAACGAGACCGUAGAGAUGGGCGGCGUGCCACACGUGGAGGGUGGCCUGAACAGCGAGCUGUACGCAGUGCCGGUGAAACGGCGACAGCCGAAGGAGCAGAAGAACAAUGCGAUUCUGCAGAACAAUACCCAGGAGAAGCCGUCGGACGUGGACAGUACCGAUUCCGAGGAUAAGGACGAGAAUCUGCCGCCCGGUUGGCAGAAGCACGAAGAUGAGAAUGGACCUUAUUAUUGGCAUGUGAAGAGCGGAAAUAUACAGAGAGAACCACCGGAGGCUCCCUUGCAUUCGAAAACGGAGGCGCGCCGAAGCCUCGUCAAAGAUAAUGAUAGCAUAAAUAAUUUUCACACUUUGAGCGGUAUGGUAAACACGGUGACUCGUAGCAACACUAGCUCGGCUCUGGACCAGGAAUUGGAAAACAAGAGGAAGGUGGAAUUGGCACUGAAACGAAGAAGCUAUCCUGCCAGAGCGGACUCCGAGGGGAGGGACAAGCCGAUCAGAUUUGCCGUGCGAUCUUUGGGUUGGACGGAGAUCGCGGAAGAGGAUCUGACACCCGAGAGAAGCAGCAAGGCAGUCAACAAGUGCAUCGUGGAUCUCUCACUCGGUAGAAACGAUCUUCUGGAUGUUGUUGGACGAUGGGGCGAUGGUAAGGAUCUAUUUAUGGACUUGGACGAAGGCGCGCUCAAACUGAUCGAUCCGGAGAAUCUCACGGUACUUAAUACACAGCCUAUUCAUACAGUUAGAGUGUGGGGCGUAGGAAGAGACCACUGUCGCGAAAGGGACUUUGCUUACGUAGCGAGAGAUCGAUCGACCAGGAAACACAUGUGCCAUGUGUUUCGUUGCGACAUACCGGCGCGCACGAUCGCAAACACGCUUCGCGAUAUUUGCAAGAAGAUAAUGAUCGAACGUUCCCAGCAUCAGAAUCUUGCGAAACCGGUGGACAUCAACGGCCGGACGAGUCUCGCUACGAGACCUACGAAUCUGCCCACUGAACAUCGGCGCUUCCACAGAAACGGUCAGGCACUAGUCACGCAAUCAUUCCCAACACCGAUGGAAGAGCCAAAGAAAGUGUUGCGAGCGCAGUAUCUCGGAUCCAUGCAAGUCACUCAAGCGACCGGCAUGGAAGUGCUGAAUGAGGCGAUAGAACAUAUCGUAUCAAACACACCGAUCAAUCAGUGGCGAAACGUCAAUGUCGCCGUAGCUCCUAGCAUGAUUUCCAUUCUUACACCAAAUGACGAUAAGCUCAUCACCGAAUGUCGAGUACGCUACCUAUCAUUUCUCGGUAUCGGCCACAACGUAAAGCAAUGCGCUUUCAUCAUGCACACCGCACAGGACUUGUUUAUCGCACACGUCUUCAACUGCGAGCCCAGCAGCGGAGCUCUAUGUAAGACGAUCGAAGCCGCUUGCAAGCUGAGGUACCAGAAAUGCUUAGACGCACAUCCACAGGGCUUCAGAAAUGCUAGCAGUCUCAAUACUCCAAACGGUAGAGGCUUAGGCGCAACUCUGAAGUCUUUAGUUGGAUCUUUAACUGGUCGCAGGAGCAAGCAGGGCGAAUCCUGAGACGAGGCUCUCUCGCUGCAGGAACUCUGGCCACUGCCUGCUGAGCGAGAGGUGAUUCGACACAGGCAUUUGCAGUCGCCGUUGACACUCAAGUACUUCGGCGGCUCACCGCCGAGCGCGUCCCUCAAGUCGCUGCUCUCGCCCUCCUUGGACACCAGGCGUAUCCAGUUCACCCGUUGGGAAAGUAACCCUUAGAAAAACGCAGGGAUCGAGCCUGAUAUACCGGGAAACCGGUCUUAGGGCGAAUGGAUAUUCUCUUUGCAACGUAAACGACUGAAUUUCGCGAAAAAAUUGCGCAGAGUGCUAUACCAGUACCACAGCUAUAGUGGACUACGCUUACUUAUGUCGAUAUGAUGUUAUGUAUGUUAACGCAAUGAGUCCGAUGAAGGAGGGAGGGUGUCGCGAAUUUGCCGCGUUCCGUGGAGAGACGGGGACAACAUCUCGGGACGCGUCGAUUCUGUCGCGGAAAUCCUUAGGAGGCAGCGUAUACCAACUUAUGGGGCAACAUUCACAAGAAAUCAAUGAAAAGAAAGCUCGAAGGAUGGAAAGGUGGCGGGAAUGGGGAGAAGAAAGUGAAAGAAUCGGAAGAGUUUGAAGAGCAAAAUUGUAUAUACGAGAUGGCGAUUAUCGCGCUAAAUUUAAUCAACUCGCUUGCUCGAGUGGGAGGGAAGGGAGCUGAUGAAGCCCGCCGGUGGGAUCUCGCGAUUGAAUCAAGUUGUAUGCGUGUCGGAGAGAGUGAAUGAGCUCUGCAAUUAGCGUAGUAGUAAGCGUAUAUCCGCGAAGGCAUUCGAGGUGAUUCGAGGGGAGCCAUAGAGAGCUUGCAUAUAUAUAUAAAUAUAAUAUAUAACACACAUACACAUACACGUGCGUGUGUAAUCUCGGGUAUACAGAUGAGGGAAGCGACAUGAGAAAGACUGGAUCGCACCAGAAUACACGAGUACGGUGUAGAGACACUUCCCCCCGCACACGCGCACACAUACGUAAGUACACAACAUACAACACACACACACACACACACACACACACAGGCCAGCACCGCGACGUCGCCGUCGGGUGUCCCGCGGACGUCGCCGCGUUCUUUCAUUUCGGCGAUGGGGUGCGCCAAUCGAGCGCGACAGAUUUCCAGGGACACCCCGCAGAUACACGCGCGCACGUUUACACGACGGCCAAUAGGGAGUUUAUUUUUUAUGGCGAAUUAAUAGGAGCUUUAGGGGAGAGCUUUGCAGCACCUCGGAGAUCACGAAGCCAAUACGACAAAUACUUAUACCGCGACCGUCCUUUAGACUUCAAGCAGGGAUGUGGGAGGGCAGGGGGAGAAGAAUGACACUUAGACGAGAAAGAUCAGUGGUGCGCAACGAUAUCGAAGCCCCACGCGCGAUCGUAGUCGGUCGUUGUACGUGCAACGUUUAUACGACAUCCGGAAGGAGCGCAGUGAUAAUUGUUAAAGCGGGAAUGUAACGGCGAUAUUAAUAAUUGUUAUCGUCGAUGAUAAUUGUUAUCCUCACGUAAGUGCGAACGCUAAACGAUAAUUGUUACCGCUAGACGCAUCGUAGUACGACGAAUUGCAGUUGAAAUAAAAAAUCGUAUGCAUAUCAGGCCAUUGCAAUUUUUCCAAUCGCUAUUUCAGAGGAUAGAGAUGCACGCUCGAAAGAUACGCUCGUACCAGAAACCGUCGUUAAUCUGAAAAGAAAAUGGCACGUACAAAGACUUAUUCCCACAGCAUCUAGCAGCACGCGUCCCAUAUACGUAGGAACAAUGUAUGUACAAGCCACGGACUGCACUUCAUACUAGCGAUCGCCGCUAUCUCGUAGAAUUUAGAUAGCUGAAAACGUAGCUUUGGGCACGUUUGUCGGUGAUAACAUUUGUAUAAAUCCGAUCCGCAUCGUACCGCGAA